CACAGGGAACUUCUUUGCCACCGCACCGGUACACUUACUGAACGUUACCCAGGUCAGGCCGUCACAGCUUACAUGGCUUACGAUUAUGCUUCCUUUUCACCGGAAACAGGCAUUUGUUAAUAAGUUAAUGGCAUGUCAGUGCCAACACUUGAGUUAAAAAUGCAGUCACAUCGACCACAACUACUGGACAUUGUUGUGACAGCAACAGUUUUUCUCUGUACGCGAAUACUGGGUCAAUCUGCAGAAAGUGGCUGCAAUACGGUGGUGGUCGUGUCAGACACAGCCAAACACACAGUCAAGUCAGCAGGGUACCCAUUAGGGUAUCAACAGAAUACAGAUUGCAAAUGGAGGUUGGAUGCAACGAGAAUGUUUAACCAGAACAAAACAAUAAAACUGCGAUUUAUCGUGGACAUAGAAGAUUCUUCAGAUUGUUCAGGAGAAUCUGUCACAGUGCAUGCUUUCACAUCACCAAGGAAUACAAAACUAGCGGUGCUGUGUGGCAACGUAAAGAAGAAAAGAUAUGAGUUCUUCAUCGAGUCCCUCCUGGUUGUAUUCAAGACUGGAUCUAGUCCUUCACUGGGCAGACAAGGCUUUAAGAUGGUGUACCAGAUGAUUGAUGAGACAUCAUGCAGUGAGAGGCUCUUUUCUACUGAAAGAAAACUUGUCCUCAGUUCUCUUGGAUAUCCCCAACCCUAUCCAAGUUUUCAGAGAUGCACAUACCUGAUAAGGACAUCGACACCUGACUACAAUGUCAGGCUGGACGUCCUACAGUCUGCUCUUGGCACCUGUCGAGAUGCAUAUGUUAUGGUAUACGAUGGAGACUCAGAACAAGGGCCUCUACUUGGAAAAUGGUGCGGCUUUCAGAAGCCCAAGUUCCUUAGCCUGGUACAACAACUCUAUGUGGUGUUUGUGAGCCAAGACAACAGCCUUAGACGAACAGGCUUCACAGCAAACUAUUAUGAUGCCAUGUGUGGGGGCACAGUGCACACAGACUAUUACAAGACGGGGGAAAUUGUGUUUCCUGGAUAUUCUUCACCAUUUAGCCAUUACAUCAAAUGCCGGUGGUACCUCAAUGUUCCAAAGUCUGUCUCCAAAUUUUUGGUGGCAUUCAGAAAUGUUCAAGUUGACUGCCCGUUUAGUAGAAUUUCAGUGUAUGAAGGACCAAGUGAUACAGACUUUGAAAGCACAUGGGAUAUCUGUGACAAAGAGAAUUAUACCUUCUUGGUUUCCGGGCCGAGUAUGUUCAUCAAAUUCAAAAACCAGGGUUCCUUAGCAGGACCCAGCUCCUUUAGAAUCAACUACCGAGGGUACAGCAACACAGCGUGCUUCCAAAAAGGAGAAUACGGCAAGGCAGAUUUCAAUACAGCGAAACGUAAAACACAAAUAUUGAUGUCCCCAGGGUACCCUGAGAUGUACCCCGACCGAAUACAGUGUGUGUGGAAAGUGAGGGCUGAUGAUGAUAUGGACGUUAUCAUGGUUAAAGUUGUUGAACUUAACCUACAUCCGAAGCCAACAUGUUCUGACAGUGUCCGCUUAUAUAAUGGGUACUUGUCUGACUUGAACAAGAAGCCAGACAUGAUAUUGUGUGACACUGAGAAAAAAGUUUUCUACAGCGAAAGUCCAUCAAUGACCAUUGUGUUUUCGACCAAUGAGGUUGGAAUUGGAACAGGUUUCAAGAUAGAAUAUCAGUCUACUGUAAAGCCAGAGCUUGAAAGGACAGCUUCAGUUUACAUCCGUGCCACAAUCAUAGCAACAACCUGUGGCAUCACCGCCGUCAUCUUCAUCAUCAUCGUUGUCAUUAUUUGGAUAAAAAGACGCUCUGACCGCACGCCACAAACUCCAGUUGUCCAAACCACUUGUCAUCCUCAUCCUCCUCCCCAGACCAGAGACCAAGCAACCCCUUUUCUCCCAACCAACACCCCCGGCAAUACUGUAGAUCCUACUGCACCACCACCAUCAUACCAGGAUGUCAACUACCUACCCGUCACUGACCCUUCCACACCCCCCAUGCUGCCUCCCAGUUAUGAAGAUGCGGUGACAAAAGGAAUGAUUGAAAAAGACACGGAAACUAGGUUUUGAGGAAUCAUAAUUCUGUACAUCAAUACAAUUGGAGUGAGUGAGUUGGGUUUAAUGCCGCUUUUAACAGUAUUCCAGUUAUAUCACGGCGUGUCAGCUUAAUGUGGGAGGAAAGCCCAAAGUGAUGCAGGUCUCAAACGUUUACCACUUCGAUGAA